AUGAGUAAGCAAGCCGCAGACAUGCCAGAACAAAAAGAGUCGAGACGGGUCUCGAAACCCCUCAUGGAGAAAAGAAGGAGAGAUCGCAUCAAUCAAAGCCUUGAAACUCUAAGGAUGCUAUUGCUUGAGAAUACACACAAUGAGAAACUCAAGAACCCUAAAGUGGAAAAGGCUGAAAUCCUGGAAAGUGUUGUGCACUUCUUGAGAGCUGACCAAGGACCGGGGGCCGACCCUUUUAAAAUCACUAGAGGAAAAAGAGCACGCACGGAGGAGUCUGAUGAGGAGCUGAGCUCACCCAGCAAAUGUCAGAGCUAUCGUGAUGGAAUGAGGACGUGUCUGAUACGAGUCAGCAAUUUUAUUGCUGGCAAGAGCCACGAGUUUGGACAGGGAGUGGAGAAAGCAUGCGGGAACCUUCACAAAGCACAGCUACUGUCCACGCCAUCCCGCAGAGAGACUCAGGUGCGUCUCGGUGAGGACCCAUCAGGGCCCGGGCAGCAGCAUCUCGCUCUUGUCCAGCUGAGCAACUCUUGCACACCAUCAGGCUGCGCGAAGCUCGCCCAAAGAACUGGUCUUUCUGCUCCCAACAUGACCUCGAGUCCCAAGCAACCUGUAAUGCUCUAUGACGCUGUCUGGAGACCUUGGUAG